GCGCUAAAUUGUACCGGUGGCGACGGAACCCUAGUUUUCUCCAGAAGAAGAAAGAGAGAGAAAAAUGGAGAGAGAAGAAGACAACUCGGUCAGCGAGCUUCUCCGAGAUCGAUUCAAACUCUCCACCAUCAAUGUCGCCGAAGCCGAAGCGAAGAGAAGCGGCAUGGAGGUAUCGGGACCGGUGAUGGUUUGCAUUUUCGAUUUGGCCUUCAAAUUUACUGAACAAUUGGCAAAGGACCUGGAGUUAUUUACUCAGCACGCUGGUCGUAAAUCUGCAAAUAUGGAAGAUGUCAUACUUUGUGCUCAUAGAAAUGAACAUCUAGCUGCCAUGUUGAGGUCUUACCGUGAUGAUCUGAAAGCUAAAGAGCCUCAGUCUGACAGGAAAAGGAAGAAAGCAUCGAAGAAGGAUGACAGACCACCUGAAGAUAUAGUCCAUAUUCCAGAUAUCUAGCUCGGUAUGUCUCUGUGGCACUCAUAAUCCGAUGACUAUAGGUGAAAGCACUCAUACUGGACAUUAUCCAUGUUUGUCGAGGUCUGCAAAUUCAUUUUAUG